AUGGACGUCUUGUGCCUUAAGUAUUUGAUGGGCUUCUUUUAUUUUAUUGCAUUUUUGCUUAUCCCUUCUCUUUCUUUCUUCCUUUCUUUCUUUUUUUUUUUUUUUUCAAGUCAUACUCAUACGAGGAUACACCCAACCAUGCGCCGCGUCAUUGCCUCAUGUCUUUGUGCCCAACGUCUUGCCCAGUGUGCCACAACGUCAACUGCUGUACUGGCAUUCAGCGCCUCUAUUCGCCGUCAAGGCACACGGCAAGGGGCUCCCACCGGCGUUCCACCGGAGUUACGCGCCCCGCCGCAGGGGUCUCGUCCGUCACACCACGAACACCAACAGACGGAAAUGAACGCUGCGCCGGAGGAAAACUUUGAGCCGCCGCAGAAACCCGCAGAGCCCCCGAAGAUGCUGAAAAUAGACACAAAUGAGAAGGGCAUUACCACCGUUCAGCUUAGCCGGGCCCCGGUGAACUCCCUUAGCCUGGAGCUCUUUGAGGAACUUAAUAAAUGGAUGCUGUGGCUUGGAAGCGAUGAAGAAUGCAAGUCCGUCAUUCUCACGUCUUCUAUCCCUACCGUGUUUUCAGCAGGGCUAGACAUCAACGAGAUGUUUAAUCCACAGCCCGAACGCCUCCGUCGCUUCUGGCAGGCGUUUCAGGAGACCUGGCUGAUUCUCAACAGCUUCCCCAAGCCCAUUAUUGCCGCAAUCAACGGCAAUUCCCCUGCCGCUGGCUGUAUUUUGUCUCUUGGCAGUGAAUUCCGCGUCAUGGCCCGUCAUCCUUCCGGGAAGCCAGAUCGUUUAUAUCGCAUUGGGAUGAAUGAAACAAAGCUGGGCAUUACGGCCCCCGCAUGGGUGAUCCCUGCGUACGCAUAUGUUGUUGGCUCCCGCAACGCCGAGCGAAUGCUGCAGUUGGGAGAGACACCAACUGCCGACGAGGCACUCAGAAUUGGGCUUGUGGAUGCCGUGGUUGAGGAGGAACAACUACGCGAGGCUGCGGUGAGGGAAGCGGAGCGCUUCAUGGCGAUCCCACAGCAAUCACGAUGGAUGUCACGAGACAUGAUGCGACGUGAGUUCCUGCAGCACAUCGCAACAGACGAAGAUAGAGAGUAUGACACGCAGUUUGUGGUGGAACUUAUGAUGAACCCAGAGGUGCAGAAGGGACUGGGUGCCUACUUGGCUCGUCUCAAGGGGCAGCACGUGAAGAAGUAA